UACGGGCAGAUCUGAACGCCCCCUAGAGGCGACAGUGAGAAGACCUGACUAGCUUAGCAGCCCUUUGAAUGUGUGUCUCAGUCUGCCUCCCCGGGAAGUCAGAGCGAGGCUGGAGUUCCAUUGGAACCCCGCGCUGCAUUCCAUUCCCUUCCCUUCAUGCUGGGCAUCGGCGGGGGCAUCGGCGGCGGCGGCGGCAACAACGACACGGCCAAGGAGGCUCCGAGCCCCGAGUUGCAACGGGGGGCUGUCUGGCGUGGAAUGUAAUGACGACGAUGAUGGGUGGCUCGUUCGAACCGAGCGCCGAUGCAAAGUAAAUGGAACAGGUUGAGGAGAGGCCGAGGAUGGGAAGAAAAAACCAAAACCUCUGAAUGAAAAUCAAGGAAUGCAGGGCCAUGUAGAAUGCCAGCAUCCAUAAUGUCCUGAAUCUGGAAACAAGUGGAAAAAAAGAAGUUCAUCCACAGGAAUUCACUCUCUCCCGCCCUCCAGUUUUUGGUUUGAGUCUUGUUUAUUUUAUAGUUAGAUUAAUGCAUUGCUGGAUGUGACUCUUCCACCAUGUGGCUUCUGAGGCUAAAGCACCAUUUGUCAAUUAAUAUUUGGACCCUGCUGCUUCUGGGUAGUUCUUGGUUGCCAUUGGCAAAAAGCACUACCAAAUCUUCCUCUCCUUUUAUGACUUUCCAAGUCACAGACUGGAGUUUGACACACUUGGUGGUCCACAACAAAACUGGGGAAAUAUAUGUGGGUGCUGUCAACCGGAUCUAUAAGCUUGCAAACAAUCUGACAGAAAUGCGCACACAUGUGACGGGUCCAGUAGAAGACAAUGAGAAGUGCUACCCACCACCUAGUGUGCAGUCUUGCCCACAUGGGCUGGUGAGUACCAACAAUGUCAAUAAAUUGCUGCUGGUGGAUUACUCUGGGAAUCGUCUGAUAGCCUGCGGCAGUGCUUCGCAAGGUAUCUGCCAGUUCCUACGCUUGGAUGAUCUCUUCAAGUUGGGCGAACCGCACCACCGCAAGGAACACUACCUCUCUAGUGUCAAUGAGUCAGGAACAAUGUCUGGUGUUAUAAUUGAAGUGCAGAAUGGACAAAACAAGCUUUUCAUUGGAACUCCCAUUGAUGGAAAGUCUGAGUAUUUCCCUACUCUGUCCAGCCGUAAACUGAUGGACAGUGAAGAGAAUGCAGAGAUGUUUGGCUUCGUUUAUCAAGAUGAAUUUGUCUCCUCCCAGCUCAAGAUCCCAUCAGAUACACUCUCCAAGUUUCCCACAUUUGAUAUCUAUUAUAUUUAUAGUUUCAGUAGUGAGCAGUUUGUCUAUUACCUAACACUGCAGCUGGACACCCAACUUACCUCACCGGACUCUACAGGAGAACAGUUUUUCACCUCAAAAGUUGUCCGGCUAUGUGUGGAUGACCCCAAGUUCUACUCAUAUGUGGAAUUUCCCAUUGGUUGUAUUCGAGAUGGCAUUGAAUAUCGCUUAAUUCAGGACGCGUACCUCAGUAAGCCUGGAAGGGCCUUGGCCAAGCAACUGGGCAUUUCAGAACAGGACGACAUUCUGUUCACCAUCUUCUCACAGGGGCAGAAGAAUAGAGUCAAACCACCUAAAGAAUCUGUCCUCUGCCUUUUCACAUUGAAGAAGAUCAAAGACAAGAUCAAGGAGCGUAUCCAGUCUUGCUACCGUGGAGAAGGGAAGCUUUCUCUGCCCUGGCUUUUGAAUAAAGAAUUAGGUUGCAUAAAUUCACCCUUGCAAAUAGAUGAUAAUUUCUGCGGACAAGAUUUUAACCAACCGUUGGGUGGAACUGUCACCAUUGAAGGUGUGCCGCUGUUUGUGGACAAGGAAGAUGGCAUGACAUCAGUGGCUGCUUAUGAUUACCAUGGACACACUGUUGUUUUUGCUGGUACACGAAGUGGCAGGAUAAAAAAGAUCUUGGUUGAUCCUGCCAGUCCCAUUGGACAUUCAGCCUUGCAAUAUGAAAAUGUGAUAGCCCACGAUGGCAGUCCAAUUUUGCGGGAUUUAGUGCUGAGCCCUGAUCUGCAAUAUCUUUAUGCCAUGAGUGAGAAACAGGUGACUCGUGUGCCAGUGGAAAGCUGCGAGCAAUAUACAACAUGUGCACUGUGCUUGGGUUCUAGAGAUCCUCACUGUGGUUGGUGUGUCCUACAUAACAUCUGUUCUCGGAAGGAGCGUUGUGAUCGAGCUGAUGAACACCAGCGUUUUGCCUCAGAUCUGCACCAAUGUGUUCAACUUACCGUUCAACCUAAGAAUAUCUCAGUCACCAUGUCAGAAGUCCCGCUGGUUUUGCAAGCCUGGAAUGUUCCUGAUCUCCUGGCUGGUGUGAAUUGUUCUUUUGAAGAUUUCACUGAAUCUGAAAGCCGCAUUGAAAAUGGCAGAAUCUACUGUAGUUCUCCAUCUACAAAAGAUGUGAUACCUAUUACCAGAGGACAAGGUGAUAAGCGAGUGGUAAAGCUUUAUCUGAAGUCCAAAGAGACAGGGAAGAAGUUUGCAUCUGUGGAUUUUGUAUUUUACAACUGUAGUGUUCACCAAUCCUGCCUGUCCUGUGUGAAUGGAUCCUUCCCUUGCCACUGGUGUAAAUAUCGUCAUAUUUGUACUCACAAUGCAGCAGACUGUUCCUUCCUUGAAGGCCGUGUAAACAUGUCUGAGGACUGCCCACAGAUCCUUCCAAGCACCCAGAUCUAUAUCCCUGUUGGUGUAGUGAAGCCUAUCACUUUAACUGCCAAAAACCUGCCACAGCCGCAGUCUGGACAGCGCAAUUACGAAUGCAUCUUCCAUAUCCCUGGGAACCCUUCCCGUGUCACUGCCCUGAGAUUCAACAGUACCAGCAUCCAGUGUCAGAAUACCUCGUAUUUCUAUGAAGGGAAUGACAUCAGUGACCUUCCAGUGAACCUUUCUGUUGUGUGGAAUGGAAACUUCAUAAUUGACAAUCCCCAAAACAUCCAAGCUCACUUGUACAAGUGCUCAGCUCUGCGAGAAAGCUGUGGGCUGUGCCUGAAGGCAGAUCCACGCUUUGAGUGUGGCUGGUGUGUGUCAGAAAAACGAUGUUCCCUCCGUCAACACUGCCCAGUGUCGGAAAGCUGGAUGCAUGCAAGCAAUGGCAAUAGCCGUUGUGCAGAUCCCAAAAUCCUUAAGUUGUUUCCUGAAACAGGCCCUCGACAAGGUGGGACUCGGUUAACCAUCAUUGGUGAGAACUUGGGCCUGAAGUUUGAAGAUGUACGCAUGGGUGUACGGGUUGGCAAAGUGAUAUGCAUCCCCAUUGAAAGUGAAUAUAUCAGUGCUGAGCAGAUUGUCUGUGAGAUUGGAGAAGCCAGCCCCAGCAAAAUUCAAGAUGCUCCUGUAGAAGUGUGUGUCAGAGAUUGUUCUCCAAGCUACAAGGCUAUAGCUCCAAAAAGCUUCACGUUUGUGGCUCCUACCUUCUCUCAAGUGAUCCCAGCUCGUGGGCCUCUUUCUGGGGGCACCUGGAUUAGCAUCAGAGGAAGACAUCUCAAUGCAGGAAGUAAUAUCACGGUGACCAUUGGAGGACAACUAUGUGCUUUUUCAUGGAGAAAUGCUGGUGAAAUCCAAUGUAGGACCCCAUCUGGUCAGAUUCCAGGUAGUUCAGCCAUCCUCAUUCAUAUAAACCGAGCUGUGCUUAGCAGUGCUGAUGUUGCAUAUUAUUAUACUGAGGAUCCCACAAUCCAAAAGAUAGAACCUGAAUGGAGUAUCAGAAGUGGUGGGACAUUAUUGACUGUGACGGGCACCAACCUGGCUACUAUCAAAGCACCCAGAAUCCGAGCCAAAUAUGGCACUGCUGAGAAAGAGAAUAAUUGUACAGUCUACAAUGAUACCAUCAUGAUGUGUUAUGCUCCUUCCAUUGAUAACCCUGUCAAGAGCCCUUCAGAACUUGGAGAUCGACCAGAUGAGAUUGGCUUUAUUAUGGAUAAUGUUCAAGCCUUGUUGAACAUCAUCAACAGAACUAACUUUAUUUAUUAUCCAGAUCCUGUGUUUGAAUCCUUGCCAUCUGGUAUGUUGGAGCUCAAGCCAAGUUCUCCUCUUAUUCUCAAGGGCCGUAACCUGCUCCCACCAGCACCUGGUAAUUCCCGGUUAAACUACACUGUACUCAUUGGAGACACUCCAUGUGCUCUUACUGUUUCUGAAACUCAACUGCUCUGCGAGUCCCCAAACCUCACAGGACAACAUAAAGUGACGAUUAAGGCUGGGGGGUUUGAGUUCUCUCCAGGGACGCUGCUGAUCUAUUCUGACAACCUGUUGACUUUGCCAGCCAUUAUUGGCAUUGGUGGAGGAGGCGGGCUUCUCUUGCUCAUCAUCAUAAUUGUCCUUAUUGCAUACAAACGGAAGUCUCGAGAUGCUGACCGUACUCUUAAACGUCUCCAGCUGCAAAUGGACAACUUGGAAUCACGGGUGGCCUUGGAAUGCAAGGAAGCUUUUGCUGAGCUGCAGACUGAUAUCCAUGAACUGACCAAUGACUUGGAUGGGGCUGGCAUCCCCUUUUUGGAUUAUUGCACCUAUGCCAUGAGAGUCCUCUUUCCAGGAAUAGAAGACCAUCCUGUCCUGAAAGAAAUGGAGGUCCAGGCCAAUGUGGAGAAGUCUUUGACACUCUUUGGGCAGCUCUUGAACAAAAAGCACUUCCUGUUAACUUUUAUUCGAACUUUAGAGGCCCAGCGCAGCUUCUCCAUGCGCGACCGGGGUAAUGUGGCCUCUUUAAUUAUGACAGCCCUACAGGGUGAGAUGGAAUAUGCCACUGGAGUGCUGAAACAGCUUCUCUCAGAUCUGAUUGAAAAGAAUUUGGAGAGCAAGAACCAUCCCAAAUUGCUCUUGAGGAGGACUGAGUCGGUGGCUGAAAAAAUGCUGACCAACUGGUUCACAUUCCUUCUGUAUAAGUUCCUAAAGGAGUGUGCAGGUGAACCUCUGUUCAUGUUGUAUUGUGCCAUCAAACAGCAGAUGGAGAAGGGGCCUAUAGAUGCCAUCACUGGAGAAGCCCGCUAUUCCCUGAGUGAAGACAAGCUCAUCCGGCAACAAAUUGACUACAAAAUGUUGACGCUAAACUGUGUGAACCCUGAAAAUGAAAAUGCUCCUGAAAUUCCAGUCAAGGUCCUAAAUUGUGAUACCAUCACCCAAGUGAAGGAAAAGCUGUUGGAUGCUGUGUACAAAGGAGUACCAUAUUCCCAAAGACCCAAAGCAGGAGACAUGGACUUGGUGAGCACGAUCCCCAGUGACCCCAUGCCCUUCUCUUCCAUCGGUGCAGAGUGGCGGCAGGGCAGGAUGGCUCGGAUAAUUCUUCAAGAUGAAGAUGUCACCACAAAGAUCGACAACGACUGGAAAAGACUCAACACUCUAGCUCAUUACCAGGUAACAGAUGGUUCAUCUGUGGCACUGGUGCCCAAGCAGAACUCUGCCUACAACAUUUCCAAUUCCUCUACUUUCACAAAAUCACUCAGCAGAUAUGAGAGUAUGCUCCGGACAGCUAGCAGCCCUGACAGUCUCCGUUCCCGGACCCCCAUGAUCACACCUGACCUGGAGAGUGGCACCAAGCUAUGGCAUCUGGUGAAGAAUCAUGAUCACAUGGAUCAACGAGAAGGUGAUCGUGGCAGCAAGAUGGUCUCAGAAAUAUAUUUGACUCGUCUGUUAGCUACUAAGGGAACUUUGCAGAAGUUUGUGGAUGACCUUUUUGAGACUAUCUUCAGCACAGCCCACCGAGGGAGUGCCUUGCCUCUGGCCAUCAAGUACAUGUUUGACUUCCUGGAUGAACAAGCUGAUAAGCACCAGAUCAAUGACUAUGAUGUCAGGCACACUUGGAAGAGUAAUUGUCUACCUCUGCGUUUUUGGGUGAAUGUGAUUAAGAACCCGCAAUUUGUGUUUGACAUUCAUAAGAACAGUAUUACUGAUGCCUGCCUAUCAGUGGUGGCUCAGACAUUCAUGGACUCCUGCUCAACUUCUGAGCACAAGCUAGGGAAAGACUCUCCCUCCAAUAAACUACUGUAUGCCAAGGACAUCCCUAACUAUAAGAGCUGGGUAGAAAGAUAUUAUGCAGAUAUAGCUAAAAUGCCAGCAAUCAGCGAUCAGGACAUGAGUGCCUAUUUGGCAGAGCAGUCACGGUUACACUUGAGCCAAUUCAACAGCAUGAGUGCCCUGCAUGAGAUCUACUCAUACAUUACUAAGUACAAGGAUGAGAUUUUAGCUGCUUUAGAGAAGGAUGAACAGGCCCGAAGACAACGGCUGCGAAGUAAGUUGGAGCAGGCAAUUGACACAAUGGCCCUAAGUAGCUGAAAAGGCCGAGUUGUUGUUGCAGACUUCCUAGCAAGCGGAGGCUAAAAGAGAAAGCGGCAAGCAAGUUGCAGCAACAAGAUAACACACAAGAUAUAUUGGGGCUCAGCACGAAACAGUGCACAGAGUCUGCUGCGUCUUUGAACCUUUUGAACAGAAGAAAAUCAAACAAUCCUUUAAAUCAUUAUUAUCAAAGCAAAUUGAAACAAUUUAAGGACCUUUCUGAAAGGAGUGACUGACGUGGCAAAGAACCUGAGAGACCCAAGAUGUGUGAGAAGAGCCGGGGGAGGGGGGAAGAAAUUCCAGCUGAACUGCUACUGUCCCUUCCCCACCAAGGCCUGCCCCAAAUCUGGCAAAGGAAGGUUGGGGCAUGCACUAACUUCUAGGGCAAUGUUUUUACAUUAUGUUUUUCUUAUAGCAGGUGGGUGGGCAGUCUUAUCAUUUUUUUCCCUUCUGUAUUUGCUUCGACUCUCACCUUGACUGAACAACUCAAUUCUUCAAUCUACUCCUCCUUUCUUUCUCCCUGGCCUACUGCCUCUAGUGUUAACUGCUAAAUUUGCACAAUUUUCACAAGCUAAUGCUGUCCUUUUAGGGACUGAAAGGAUAUGGAGGUGGGGUGGGGGAGGUUGUAAAUCUGCAAGAAAUCUUCCCAAGAUUUUUUUUUCCCGCCCCAACAAAUUAUUGGUGUGGGAGGGAAACGAGGGUGAGUAGAAGCUAGAGAAGCAGUCCCAGCCCUCCUUUAUUCUUUCUACAGUUCGUCCUGUGCCAUUUUAAAACGUUAUUGAGCACAGGCCAAAUAAACGCUCUCAUUUUGAAUGCUGCUUAAAAGUGUGCUGGAGACUUAGAAACAGAAAGGCAAAACUAAAAAUAAAAAAGAGGGAUAGGCACAUAUGAAAAUAAUCUCACCUAAAGAAAGACUUUUCUCAUCUAUAAGAAGCAAUGCAACUUCCCAAUACACCUUGCAUUGGAUUUUUAUAGAAGUCAGAAUCAGCUUUUAUAAGCAGAGUUUAUAAAAGUCUCUCAAAAUGCCCCUACUAAGUUUUCAUUGUAUACACAUACCCACACACCCACAAACCUUUCCAUGUGUAAGCUUUCCAUUUAAAGGUCAAAGAUACUUUCAAAGAAGCUCUCCAUGGACAAGUGUCAUGUAACCAGAGAGAAAGGAGCUAUCUAGUCUAAUAGCUCAGUAUUGCAAAGGAGAAUGUUCAGGUUAAGCAGGAUCAUGCAGGCAGUUUAGAGAAAAGCUAUUUUAUUUUAUUUUAUUUUAUUUUUUGCCUUUUGAAAUUGCAUUGCUCCACCUCAUUCCACUAGCUCUCCCAAUGGCAACCUAAAACCUGGUCAGAUUAUCAGAAGGGCAGUCUUUAUUCCAAAAAGUAAAAAAGUGUUCCCACAUGCAGUUGCAGUUUAGCCCAGAUAAAUAUGGCAUGUCAGUUCCAGCAUUGUUUUGUGUGUGUGUGUGUGUGAGAGAGAGAGAGAGAGAGAGAGAGUGAGAAUGGUUGUGCAUGCUCAUGGACAUUCAACUCUUCCAAAUACUGAUUACAGCAUCCUCAUAUCUUCAACAGGCUAAUUCCAAAAACAAAACCAGGCUUAAAGUUUAAAGCAGGCUUGUCCAACUAUAGCCCUUGGUCUGCAUGCAGCCCUGGACAGCUACAGUAGUCAUGUGGCCCCACAAGAUCAUAAAUCUUUCACGUUAUUAUGUGGCUCAUAUAUGUUGUCAUCAAUGUGUGACAUUAGGCAUUUUAUAGAAUGCCUAGGAAAUCUAUAGAAUGUCAAACCUCGAAGUAUUAAACACUUAACAUGUCACACAUUUCCUAGGCAUUCUAUGCAACGCAAAAAAGCAAAACCAGCAAAGUAUAAAAUUUUCCUGCUAAAAUCCCAUUCUAGCCUUCCUUGUUGCAACAUGUAGGUCAAUACUGGUCUUUUUGUCUUGUUUUUUUUUUUCCAGUAAGAAGAAACUUUUAUUUUGCAUUUCUUCUUUUAUUUUCAUAUAUGUCUUUCCAAUAAAGGGUUAGGGUUAGGGUUAGGCUAAACUUAAGCCUAAACUAACCCUAAUCCUUUUCAUGUGUCUCUUUUCAUGCUUUUCCUAAAUAGUUCUUGUCAUUGGGCAUAAUGCCUAGGUAUUUACAUACAAUGUCUACGGAAAGUGUAUAGCGUAUUAAAAUAACACAGACCUUCCAUACUUUGCUUAGAAACGUCACCCAUUCUUUUGCUCAUAUCUUUUUUUUUUUUGUUUUCUUGUUUUGUAUUUUACCUUUUAUAAUAAAACAAAAUAAAUGUACUUAAAAGAGAAAUGUCACACAUUCUAUACAUUUCCUAGGCAUUCCAUACAAUGCCAACUUUUCACACAUUGCUGGUAACAUAUACACUAACUGUAUUACAUAUUUAACAUGCAGCCCAAGACAAUCCCACAUCACUCACUGUGGGCCAGGCAAGCCAAAAGGUUGGACAAUCGUGCUUUAAAUCAAGAAAUAAUGGCUAGGCCACCAAAGCUGAGCCUGCAACCAAGUGCUCUUUGUGCGCAACAAAAUAUUCUGUGAGAAACAGACAUGGCAGCAGCUGGAUUGAUAGAUUGAUCCACGAGAAGGAAAUAGAAAACAUGGCUCUUUAAUUGCAUGGAAGCACAACCAUUCGGGAUCUUUUUUGUAGGCUGAUAUCAGCAAUCAGUUAUGACCCAGAUUGUUGGGGGCAAUAUGCUGACUCUGUAAACCCCUUAGAGAGGGCUGUAAAAGCACUGUGAAGCGAUAUAUAAGUCUAAGUGCUUUCUCUCCAGAAAGUGUUUGAAUGGUUGCUUCCUUGUUAGAAACUUUCAAUGAUCUAUGACCAACACAAUAGUCUCACUCCCAGUUUAUUUAUAACUUGCUUUGGUUAUCUUGCUGCCCGGUUUCUGUAGGCAGGGGAUAAAUAAUAAUCUCCAUAGAAACAGCAUAGGAUUGUCUGCUCACAUUUAAUGUUAGUGCCUAACUUAGCAGAAAGGUACCAGGAGGGUCACUGCCCCCUCCACAGCUCUCCUAAUUGGACAUCUACUUUCUAUUUUCUCCUAUUUCUUCCAACCCUAAAAUUGUAAUUCCUUCCUACUCUAAUUCUGAGCAUUACCUGAUUCUGGGGUUGUUAGUUAGCAAACAAUCACCAGGGGAAACAGAUGCCAACAUUGGAAAACAAUGGAAAGUCUGUUAAAAUCUGAGCAGGAGUGUCUUGGUUACUUGCUUGUUCUCUAGGCUGAAUCAGACAUCUCCCAUACGAUUUAAAGGCAAGGCCUUUCUUUAUUGCUACCAUGGAGAUUUCCAAGGUAUCUUGUAAUGUUUUAGAAUGGAAUGGGUGUUCCUUUGUCUUGUUUUGGCACAGUUCAUUUAGAAGGUAUCCUCAGUUAAAAGCAAAGCCUUUAUACAGGUAGUCAAAAUGAUGUACGACCAUUUGUUUAACAAUCAAAGGGAAGACAGUGCUUUCAUUGGGAUUCUUCCUGAAUUCUGUUUCCUUUUUUCUUUCUGUCUGUCAUUUAUUUCUUCAUCAUUCCAUCAAAUAUUCCACUCUUUGCAUGAAGACAUUCGGUUCCAUUCUGUAUGUAAAGCUUUUUACUAUUAUUUUAAAUGAACCAGUGUGUUGAAGUCACUGCUCUAAUUCAACUCAGGUGACCAAAUCCACCCAAUUUUCAGUCUUCACCUAUCUGCCUAUCAAGUACCAAUAAAUUAAGUUGUACGACCUAGUGUUGAAAGAGAAGGUAUUGUAAAACAUACCAAGCCUGAUCCUACCUAAAUAAGUGGAAGAGAGAGAUGUGAUAUAUGUAUGUGUGUGUGUGUGUGUGCGUGUGUGUGUAUACACACAAAAUGUUACAAUCUAAUUUUAUGCCUCGGUGGGGCAACUGUACAAUUAACUGGAGGAGUUGAAACAAUAUCAAAUGUGGCUUUUUACACUAAACAGUGGAAAAUACCAAAUGGGGAAAAACAUAUUAACAUUCCUCACCAAUAGAACAAUCCUUCAAAUAUACAUCUCAAAUUACUUUGUAAUUUUUAUUUUUAAUUAUUUCUUUAAUUAAAGAGGAGGAGGAAGAGAAGACAAACAAAUAAAACAAACUUUUAAAAAAAUGUGGAGUCCUGAGAUAAUUCUGGAUCCAUAAGACCUGUGGGCUGUUGCAUGACUGUGAUAGAAUUUAGUCUGAGUUAAAUCUUUUUUCAAAAGAAAAAAAAAUGCAAGUGUUGAAUAUUAGAGGUUUGGUUAGACUUUUAUUUUUUUGAAAUUUUGGACUUAAUUUGUCACUUCUUGUACAAGAAAUGAAAAAGAAUUAAUGUAAAUUGUUUAUUUCUGGAAAAUGGUACUCAAAUAAGUCUUAAAGGACAGCUAAAUGUUGCUGCACAGGAAGUAUACCAUAAUGGUUUACACAUCUCCAUACUUUGAAGUCUACUUGGGACUAUAAGCACUAUAUGAUUUAUGUUCCUCAACGUGGCUUAUCUUUUCACUUUACAAAUUGUAUCAUGGAUCACAAAGAAGCAAAUUCGGCUUUGUGGUUUCACGUGAUCAGAAUCUUCGUCUGUUUUGAUUAAUAUAAAGAAUUUCUUCUUUAAAAAGUUACAUAUUUUUAUCAGGCGCUGCUUAGAAUCCUAGUGCUUAAGCUUGAAAAGAAACUUGGAGAUCAUUUCAUCCAACUGCCCAAUCGGCAGUCUGCUACUUUAUGGCCAUCCAACUUCUGUUUUAAUACUAGGAAAAAGAGUCAGUCUGUUCUGUUAUUGAACAGCUUUUAAGAUUAGGAUAAUUAUUCAGUUCAAAUCUACCUAUCAUAUAAAUCCCUCAUUUUUCAUUUUGCAUCCUGGAACAACAAUUCUGCCCUGUCUUCUGUGCAACAGCUGUUCAGUAUGACAGUCAUCUGUCUCGCCUCUUCUCCAGGCUAAACAUGUCCAGCACUUUCAAUUGUUCCUUGUAUGUCUUUCCUUCCAGAUCUUAGUUUCUCUCCUCUGGAUGUGCUUUAGAUUGUCAAUAUCCUCCUUAAUAUGGAGUGCUCAGAAUGGGACACAAUAUUAUAAAUGCAGUGUGACUAAUACUGAAUAGAUGGGAGCAAUUCUAUUGAUGUUGUCAUGUUACUUUUGAUACUACAAUCUAAGAUAGCUUUUUUUUUUUUUCAUUUUGCAGCUGUAUCACAUUGUUGGCCAUGCUAGCAAGAUCCCUCCAGAUCCAUUUUGCACAUAUUACAGCACAGUAUGGUCUGCUCCCCAGUUCUUAUAUUCAUACCUUUGAUUUGUCCUACCCAAACAUUGCAUUUGUCCAUGUUGACAUUCACAGUCCUAGUUUCUACUCAUUUCAGCUUGUAAAAAUCCUCCUAAAGGUGAAAAAUUUGUUUUUUGGGGAAAAAUUAUUUUUAUUUUAAACGAACAAUUCAUCAUUAAUCAAUCAGUGUAAUAUCUGGGUAUAAAAAUUUUUGGUGUCAUCAUAUUCAAUAUUUAUCAUCAUUUUCUUAGUACAUAUUUAUUUGCAUUUAAAUUUAAUGCAUUACAAGGUAAAGUAUUUAUUACCCCUUCAUCUUUAUGUCAUCUGAAACCUGAUAAAAAUUUUCUAGCCCUCGUCCAAGUCAUGGACAAAUAGUUGAACAGCACAGAUCCUGAAAUGCAGCAUUUGUUACACCACUCGAUACUUAUUUCUAUCUAAACAAUUAGCCAAUUAGAUUUGUUGGGUACAGUCAUUCAAUUAAGGUCCUCUCUAGCUGAUAGAAUAGCCUAAUCCACUAAAAUCUCAUGAGAUUCUUUGCUGAAUGCUUACCUGAAGUCAAGGGAAACCAUGUACACACCAUCCCCAUUAUGACUAAACUGAUCACCAAGAUCAGUUUGGUGUCACAUGUCUUAUUUUUGAUAAAGCCAUGCUGGAGUUUCUUUAUCCAUAUUAGGUUGAUUGUGAAGUAAAUCAAUAUUGGAUUUACAUGAAGGCCCUGCAGAAUGCAAAAUUAAGGAGAUUUGGGGAUUUAUUCUUUUUUGAAAAUUUUUGCUUAUGAAACAGCUUGUUUUCCCCAUUAUUGGCUUUGAUUCAACUAAACCAUUAUCAUCGUUCUGUGGCAAUGAUUUGACCCCUAGGGAAAGGAGUCCUUACCAAAUAUAAACAAGUAGAAUAAAAAAAAAAUAAUGAUGAUGGAGUGUGUGGAAAAGUCGACAUUUUUCUGUAUCUUCUAGGUUCUUUGCCAGGUGGACAGACAACUUCAGUUAAAAUAGCUGAAAAGCAAUAUAUUAAUCAGUGUAUGGCCAAGUGUGGUAGAUGGUGGAACAAACAGCUCCUGAAUGUACUACAUAUUUGCAGGCAGGAUGAAAGCCUGGCAAAUGCUUUUUCACAUGCCCAGGCUUCAUUCAAGAGAUUGAAAGCGAGAUAGAUCCAUUAUAGCAAUAUUCAGAUGGGACAUGAAAAAGGUUGUUUGUCCCCAUGACUGCUUUGUAUUGAGGGAUGCAUCUCUGUAUUUUGAAGGGUGGAUGGGGAAGGUAUAAUUAUCUGGCUCAGUUUGUCUGCUAUUUAAACAGAGCCAACCUCUUUCCAGACGGUGCCUGAGGCAAAAGAGAAGCUCAGUGGCUGUCCCAUAUAACAGGAAAAAAAUAUAUGACAAGUAGGCAACUGAACCCAGAUGCUCAUCUUUCUCACCAUGGUGCUUGUGGUUUCACAGAAAAUAAACAAUUAUUUGUGUGACCACACAUUCCUCCUGUAUUUCCAAAGGGCUUAUAGUAAGAUUCAUAAGGGAUCGCUCUAAUGAAUAAAUGGAGCAUCCCUUUAAUCCUAUUUGAUUGUAGUUUCAAACCCUGCACUAUUGCACUUGUAUAAAGCCCUACAUAGGUACAGUUCCACACUGUAAACAGUUAUGCUACACUUCUGGGGACUGGGUGUUCACUUGCUGUCACUGUGCAACUUACAGAAUUGAACAUCCUUGCCUGCCAAUGGAGUUGUUCACUUCUUUAUACUACACCAAUGGGGGGGUGGGUCUUGGAGAUGUAACUUGGGCUUAUUUGGUUGCCCUUUUUAAUUCAGUGUCUCAACUCCGUUAAAAUUCUUCAAUAUGAGAGCAAGCUUGCAUGCAUCUUAUGUUCGAUUUCUCUCCCAGUCUCUCCAUACUAGGCAGUUGGUAUUUUUGCAUGCAAAAUUAUUUAAAUAAUCAUCUCAUCUGACAAUGGUUUAGUAUUAUAUCCUAAGAGUUCACUGAAUACAUGGGGAAGGUUGAUAUUACUAUAUUGCUGAAAGUUUUUAAACUGUGGAAUCAUAACGCCCACUUGAGCAGAACUUAAUAGUAGGUCAACAUACUUUUGCCCCUUUUUAGUGUCCAUGGAAAAUAAAUAUCUCGAAACAUUAGACCAAUUUUCUUUUCCUUGGUGUAGCCUUUUGAUAGCAUCACUCAUUUUUUUUCCUGGUUGGUAAAUGAAUCCCAUUGUUGGCCAUGCCCUCCAAAGUUAGCCUAUGUAGCAAAUUCAUAUUUUAUGAAGUUAUCUUACAAAGUGGUUUUCCUAGUGAAGGAGUAAUUUUAAAAGCUAGGCAUCUUUGUGGGCAUUUGAUCAUUUUUUCUUCUUUGUUGUUCAUCUACCGUGUUUUAUUUAACUACUGUAUAUUGAAAGCUGCAUACUUCUGAUACCAAAAUCCCUAAAUGGAUUGAGGAUCCGUAGCCUACUUCUCCAGUUCUUUGAAAUGUCUGGCUAGCUCCUCAUGGAUUACAUGGACUUUUCAUCUUACUCUGUAAAACCAUUCUUGUAUUCCUUAGCAAUGAUUCUCUUAGCUUUUCACUUCUGUUGAUGUUGUCUAAGCUGUCCUUUCUUAUUUCCACUUAUUUCUCUUGAGGGUCUGUUCUUCUCAUAUAACUGUUUGUAGUUUCUUUCCUAUUAAGAGUGGGGAUUAACAGUGAGGAGCGGCAGAAUGAAUUUACUUUCCACAAGUAUAAAUAUUUUAUUAGAUUUUUCAUCAGAUUAUGUUGACCCUCGAUGCACCCAGUUAUACAAAUACUCUACCAAGAUAAUGUCAGACGCUUUGACUGCAAUAUUGAAUCCCCAGAAGUUUCUGUAGUUAAGCAGUUAUUUUAACUGUAGUUAUUCAUGUCAUUACAACAGGCAAGAUAUUUUGAUAUGCCUUUUGAUUGAUGCUCAAAUGAGCACAUAAGAAAGUUGUAUAUAUAAGCAGGAAAAUCUUGGAUUAACACGUCUUUACAAAAAUCCUUCAAAAGCAAAACAGUGGAAUGUUAAAAUAGCAACCCUGAUACUGAAUAAAUAGAGAUUAUCCAACACAUUUUUCUAAGUAAAGUUAAUUCAAGGAUUUCUAAAAGUAUCAAAUAUCAGAAACAAAAUAGAGUAUUUAUCAUGUUCACUACUUAAAAUUGCAUGUAAGCAUUAUGCCAAUUGAUUCCCACCAACAUUAUUUGCGAUUCCCUACCAAUAAAUCUAGUGUCUAGUCCAGCAUCCGUGACUUGAUAAAUUUUCCAUUAUUUGAAUACCCUUGUAAGGAAAAGAUGCAUUUGAAAUACUUUUGGUUCUUCAGGGACUAGUUCAGGUUUUACAUUCAUUGUUCAUAAGCAUACUCAUAUUUCAUUUCCUCCCUUUAGUCUCCCAUCCCUUGCAUUCUUAAAAAUAAAUGCAGGUUUAGGACACAAUGGGAAUGAGUUGAAGGAGCAACUUGGUAGAAAAAUGACAAAGGCACUGUGAUUAAUAAAUGAUCUGAUCUCAAACUGCAUAGUUCUGAGAGAAUGACUUGAGAGCAAAUUUGACACAGCUUUUUUGUUCCCAUAAAACCAUUGGCUUUUCUUCAAAGUUCAUAGUGUUCUAACAUAAGAAAUCCCUCAACAAGUGAGAAUGGCAAAUCAGUUGUCUUCAAUUACCCCCCAAAAUGCGCAAAAUUACAGAAGUCUAAUAACAUGCACCAAAUCCCAUCCAUGUGAGCUACACACUCUGGACCAUUUACCUAGAGUAGAAAGCAUAGUUCUGCUUUCACCUUCCAGACAGACAGCCUGAAGGACAAACACUAGCUCCAUGCAGGAAGGUUUACAAUUUAUCCCAGGUUCUUUUUGCACAUGUGCGCCAAGAAAAAUUAUACAGGGAAUAAGCACUUCCAGCUCCUUGGAACUGGAAGGUUUAGGGAUAGUUCCCAAAUGUGGAAUAGGGGAGUGGGUACACUGGACAAAGAGAGUGAGCUAAUCUUUUUUUCCCUUGCGAUGUUCCUCUUUUCAGCACUUUUGGUACUUCUUUGGGCUGAAUAUAUAUUCCAGCACUGUAGGGCGCUGCCACUCACACUUAUUUCUAAGGAAUGUCAAGGCUGCAGUUAACUGUCCUUUAAGAAGCAGGGAAGGGGGUGGUAUGGGAGGGGAGGCAGAGAGGAAACCAUUAAAAAAACAGAAUUUUAAUAGUAAAAUUUAAAAAAAAAUCAUAACUUUAUGUGAUUGUUUCAGACUUGAAGCAACUGUGCCAGUAUGGCAGGUCGGCACCCUUUGGUUGUGUAAAUAUCCUGCUAUUUCCUAUUUUAAUGUUCUUCAGAUUUAGUACUUGUAAAUAAACACGCACAUUAAGAAGAGAUUAAACAUUUUUGCUAUAGAA